GUACGACACAAGAAGCAAGAAAGAAGAAGGUGAAAAAGUGUCAAUAAGACAACCGACAGAAUGUGCGCUCAAUAAAGUUUUGCUUCUAGCAAACAGAUCACCAAAAAAGGAUAAAUAGCGAAGGAAAAUGUCGGCGAUCGAUUUUUCCACCAGCUAGUGCCAAAACGUUUCGUACAUUGCGAGCUGGCAAGUGUUUUUCGUUUGACCGAACUUGCGAAGCAAAUCGCCAUUCUACAAAGCACAACAGCAAAGCGCACCAGUGGAUGAAUUAUUGAUCGUAAAUUCAGCGAAAGUGAAAAAUCUAGUUGAAUGAGAUGGGAUUUGUAGUGUGAAGCGUAACUACGCGUAAAGUUUCGACUGCAUACGGAAACGUUGCCGUAUGAAUGCAUCGGAACUGAGCAUCAACACACGUUUGUUUGAGGAAUCUGGUACUGGGCAAAUAUUGUUGCCAAAAAAGGACUCGCCACCGCUGACAGAAUCGAUAGCAGCAGCACCAGCAGCAGUGGUGGAAGUGGUGUUUGUUGGUUGUAAAAGGGAGGCGAUUGUAAGAUGGAUGUCGAUUCGCCCAAUGCCCUUAAACGUUGCUCCAGUGCACCACAAAUAAAUAACCUCCUGCCUAGCACCACGGUUGGUGUGCAGCCGAUGGAAGAAGGACAAUCGCAACCCGUGCCAAACACCAGCGGUAACAGUAACAGCAUCACCACCACGCACAGGAUUAACAGUGGCGGCCUACAGCAUCAGCAUCUUCAGCAAGUACUGCUGUCGGUAGGACAUUCGGAACAACUGCACACAGGUAGCGCGAGUAUGCUGAACUCACACAAUUUCCACCAAGGUUCAACUGCAACAGGAUCAAGAGAAUCGCUUCCUACAUCGUUUUCGAACAUAUUUACGCCACGCGUACGACGAUUUUCCGCUAGCUUCAGUCCGCUGGCUGUGAUUUCGAAUGGCAGCGCUAGCCCGGGUCGGAAUGGUAGUGGAACACCGGGUCCAAGGCUAACGCCACGAAUAUCGCAGCUUCGGCAGGAAGAGUGUGCGGACGUGAGCAACAGUCGGGAAGUGAAUCACGAGCGAGAAAUACACACUGCCAUGCAGAUGUCGCAAAGUUGCGAAGACUUAACGCUGGUUGCCGAAAAUUGGUCCUUUUCGUCCGGAUCUGCUGGGAAGAUGGUGAUCGAUGAUCUGCAAAAUCCGCUGCACGUCGCAUUACCUACGAUCGGUUCCACGUGCUGUUCUAGUCCAUCUCCUACGAGCAGUCGCGGAGGGAUCGGAUUACAGUAUCCAACAACGUCGCCCUCGCCGACACGAAAGUUUGUCACACGACGUUCCAUGUCUCCGUGUCCAUUGCGACCCAGUCCCCUGAGUUCGUCGGUAAAGCGAAAGUUUGAUCUAGAGGACAAUUAUGGUAAUUGCUACUCGCCACCAUCGAAGAAAAUCUUUUCCUCGGAAAGAGGUACAUCUCCCGUUUGUCAAACGCCAUCACCUUCACCGAUCUGUCCCAGUCCGGAUUCAUCGACGACCUCGUUUGAGAAUGGUAGCAACAACAACAACAAUAAUGGGAUGGGCAGCAAUGUACCACUGUGCGGACCGUUUCCUCUUGCAGCUACCACCAGCUCCAGCAGUGGACGCAUAACACCAAAGUUUUUCCUUACCAAGCUCACCGGUAUACCGAGUCCGGGUGCAACGAUUUGCUCGACCGCACCGUUCGGAACGAUCAGUACGAUGCAUUUCGGGGGAAACAGUGGUUCGAGCAGUGCCUGUUCUACCCCGACCGGUACCACAAACCCGAUCGUGUCUCUUGGUGGUGGAAAUGCGACACUAAUGAUGGAUUGUGGCGUAAGUAGCAGUACGGGCGGUGGCACCGAGUGUAGAGAUAGCACGAUGGAAGUUAGCCACACGGUUGGUGCAAACAUGUAUGAAGAUAGAUCUAUGGCGAUUGAGGAAGCGGCAGGGGAAGCCCGGACGAAGGGCACGGUAAAUUCCGAUAGCAUUAAGAUGGCAUGUGAUGAGAAUGAAACGAAUAUUAGUGAUAAUCAGCGCCGGCGUAGACUGACCAUUGGGCCAUCGGUGGCAAUCAGUGCUUCGCGAGAAUUGCGCGAACAGGUACUGAAAUCGGCACUCGACCCAGAUGCAGCCGGUAGCUGCAACAGCAACAGUAGCAACAGUAGUAGCACUAGCAGUAGCAGUAGUAAUAGCAGCAACAGCAGUAGUAGCAGCGGCAGCAGCAGCUCCACCACUAGCGAUAGUAAUAACAGUGCCAACACUAACAGUAGUCGUAUGAGUAGCCUAGCCGGGGUUGGCCCCGGUGGAAAUGUGCUAGACAGCAGUAGCAAUACCAGCACUAGCAGCGUUGAUACCGGUGGAGGAACUACGGUAGCAAGUGCUGGUACGGCUGCUGCGGCAACCAUCUGUCCCUCACUGACAUCGUUUCCCAUGAUGGCCAUACCGAGCAAUCUGGCAGAGAUUGCAGAAUCAUGAAGAUGCCGCACAAGAUCAAUACACUGAUUAAUAGCGAUCUUUGCGUAAUAGCGAUAGGGUUGAAGCGUAACAAGCGAGAUGUUACGGGGACAAUAAACAAAUCGUUAUAAAUAAGACGAUUUACGAGAGAGAGAGAGAAAGAGAGAGAAAGGGAGAAGGGAGCAGGAGCGAUAGGAGGGAAAAGUAAUGCAACUAAUGUGGAGCAAAGAUCAUUACACACAUAAGCACAGCUCCACCGUAGAAUUACAGCAUUUUCGCAUUCUAAAGUGUGUCGUUAUGGGCGCACAAUAUCGUAUAGAAACAAACAACAGUCGUUUUAGGACAGAAACAUGGGUAAGAUUAGACUUAGCGCUUUAGGCGGGCAAGUACAUAUGAAAGGAAAUUGUGUCUUGCUUGUUUUAUGAUUACCAGUUACGUUGGUGUUACUUUACAACACUUGGUUCUUUGUUGUUUCUCGUGUGUGUGUGUUACACAAAGCAGUUUACAUUAACAGGGUUCCACCAUGAUUCUUUAGUCAUCGUUCGGUCGUAUCCUUUUGUCUGUCGAAGUUUGUUGAAUGUAAUGUGAGAGUUCCUCUUAAAUGUUUCAGUUUUGAUUUUGUAAUAGAAUAGUACGAACGUUCAGGCAUCAGGUAACACCUUUAAUUGAGCAGAGGGAGCACAGAGGCUCGUAGUUCCCCAUAUGUAACACAAGUGAAGGUACAUAGUUUAUUAGGGAUGAACCAAAAAAACAAACAGCCGUAUAUAGUUUGCUUACAGGAUGAUGAUAGCCCACAAUAUGCACUGAAACACUAUUAUUAACAAUGUACUAUUAUGCAACAUAUGGUAAUGAAGUUAAACAAACAAGAAAUGAUUGAAUCUGGUUCCAAAAUUGAUUCGUCGAAGUAUUAGACGAAGUAGAACGCAUUGGAAAAGGCCGGUGUAGCGUAUGAGUUGGCAUUUAAUAGUAAACAAAAGAAAACAACACCGCAUAAGAAAAGCAUUAAAUGAGACAUAUCCUUUUGCCACAAACACUGAUCCUCUUGUAGGUACGUGAUAUAAAGUAGAAUCAGAUUUGUGCUUAACUUCCUUUUGUUGCAUCCCGGUUUUUUGUACGAUUACAGUUGGGUGAAUGGAUACAUUAGCGUAUCCUAGAAUAGAAAGUAAUUUGUGAUUAAAUAAGCUUCUAAGUGAGCGCAGCGAUAUGCGAAGAAACUAAGCAAAUGGAAUGUGUAAACAAUGGCCCAUUGCUUAUCGAAAGUCUGUCGGAAAGUUUUACUCUCGUAGCACUGCAUUUCUACAUUUAUCGAUCUGGAGAUAUUAAUGUUUUUUGUAGAAUGAGGGGAGAGUAAGCUGGUAGGCCUGUAAGGGUAAACAGGAAACGAACACUAUUGAACUGUAAAAGAAAUAAGAAGUACAUAUUAAUAACAGUGAAUAAAUUCAAUAAUCUUACUCA